GGCAGUGCCCUCGGUGAGGGGACAUUUCGGUCCCAGUGCCACCGCCGCCAUCCUGAGACUCCGGCACCGGGAGCCCGCUCCAUUACACAUCCAGUCAGAUGAUGAGAGGACGCCUCUCCCGCUGUUCGGACUCGGCCAGGGGCGUCCUGUGAUUGGACGGGCUGGGUCACGUGUGGCGGCGGACAGCUGGCUGCGGCUGAUCGCGGUCGGUGCAGCCGCCUGCUACCGCUCGUGUGCCGGGGCUGUGCUGCUCGGCCUCCGCUUCUAGUCAUUCGGCGCAGUAUGGGAGACAAGAAAAGCCCGACAAGGCCGAAACGGCAGCCGAAGCCGUCGUCAGACGAGGGAUACUGGGACUGCAGCGUGUGCACCUUCAAGAACAGCGCCGAGGCCUUCAAGUGCCUGAUGUGUGAUGUGCGCAAGGGGACGUCCACCCGGAAACCAAGACCUGUUUCACAGUUGGUUUCACAGCAGGUGACACAGCAAUUUGUGCCUCCCAUGCAGUCAAAGAAGGAGAAGAAAGACAGAACAGAGAAAGAAAAGAGUGAAAAAGAAACAUCUAUUAAAAAGAACAGUAACAAGAAAACAAGGCCACGGUUGAAAAAUGUGGACCGAAGUAGUGCACAGCAUUUGGAAGUCACUGUGGGGGACCUAACGGUCAUUAUUACAGACUUUAAAGAGAAAACAAAGUCCCCUCCUACAUCCAGUGCCACUUCUGUGGACCAACAUAGUCAAAGUGGAUCUGGCUCAGAAAACACAGAGCGGGGAAUAUCCAGGUCAUCAUCACCCAGGGGCGAAACCUCAUCCGUAAAUGGAGAAUCUCAUUAAAGUUUCUCUAGUGUUUUCUAGAUAUUGUGACAAGAAACUUCUUUCUGCCAAUAUUCACCACAGUUACAUGGGAAAAAUCUGACGCAAAUCUGAUAUUUUUGAGAAAGAAAGUGAGUAUGUAUGCACUUAUUUUUUUAAUGCUAUAUUUUAAGUGCGCCUUGAAAGAUAAGCCUUUCAAGGUAAGUGACACCAAAAGAUGAAGAGGGUUUGCAUAAUCAGAAAUAUUAACAAGUCCAAAUGUUCCUGGUACAUGUUGAUUGAUGUAGGCACUCGGAUAUUUACCAAAUGACAAUAGUCCGCACUAGCUGCCGUGUCUAUCCUGUGUGACAUUUGCUUUACGAGUCUCACUAAACCCAAGCUGCAGUACUUAGGGACGCUACCACAGAUGUCUCUAUCCAGUCAUAUAGAUUUAUGUUUACACAUGGCUGUACCUUUCCGAAAUCUGGAUUAUAUAGGUAACGGUUUAACACCUGUUCCAUCAUUCUUAGUCUCUAGUAAAAGAGUCAUAAGCACACUUGCUGAAUAUUUUGGGUGUGCCAAGACAUAAGCCGGUUUCAGCUCCAGUCACACAGUGUGAGCGGCUGCCUCCUACAGUACAUCCGGAGAGUAGACCAGGGGUUGUGACUAUGCGAGGCAGGCUGUGGUGUGAGGCUUCAACGUUCCAUUGGAUAUUUUCUUGGAUGGAUCACUGUGCGGAAUUAGACAAGCUGUGGUUUUAUGAAUGGAUCCCUGUAAAUUGCAUUAACCCCUUGAGAGUAAAACAGUACUUCCCAGUUGUCCAGUGUUAUACACAAUUUAUGUUGACUGAAAGAAGCAAAUGACAUCACCUGAGAACUAUAGGGCUAAUAAUGGAGAUGUGUAAUGAGGAAUUUAAAGGCACUGUCAUUUAAUUUAUUGGUUUGUAUGUGGAACGCUGCAACUCUACAGUAAAUAUACUAUGUGAUUUUUCUUUUAUCAGGAUGAUUAUACGAUCUGUAAACCAAUUUGUUUGCACUGGGCUACAUCACAUUACAGAAAAGUUUCUUUAAAGGGGUUGUCCAGUGUUAGGAUAUUGAUGACUUAUCCUCAGGACAGGUCAUCCAUAUUAGAACGUGGGGGUCCAACAUCCGACACCCUUGCAUCUUCAACCAGCUGAUCGGUGAAGGUGCUGGGAGUCAGACCCGACUGAUCUCAUAUUGAUGACCUGUUCUGACGCUUGAACCAUAUCGGUGCAGGCUUUAUAGCAGAGUGGAGCGAGCGCAGGGCCUGUGCCCGCUCUGCUAAAGCCUGACAUAGCACAUCUAUGUCAGGCUUUAGGAGAGAAGGGCUGCUACAGGCAGGAGCAGCGAUGUGUGCUGCUACCUCUACAGCGCUCAGAGUGGUUCCAGAGGAAUCCAUACUUCCAUACAACCGCUACACAAGUGUAUGGAUUGCAAAGUGCAAACUUCAGGUAUCUAUUUCACAAGGAAAAGUAAAAAACAAAAAACAUUACAAUAAUGAUUACCACCACAUUUAGAAUAGGUUUUGAGAAGGGUUAUCUGAAGGUUUAUGUACACUUUCAGGGGCCCAUACACCUUCAAUAGUUAUUGGUCGUCUACUCAUUUAGCCUACAGCUGUCUCGCCUGACUUCCCCCAGGGGAGCAAAGGGAUUGACAUUCAGUGCCAUCAUCUGUCAGAGUGAGAGUCUGGAGCUACCUGUACUGUAGAUUGUCGGUCAGUCCCACCUGUAGGACAUCAUGCAGUAUGUACAAGCUAAUAAAUUAAGGACUUCUAAAUGUAGAUUUUACAAUGUGUAAAGGUGUUUGUGGACUGUUAUCCAUGCAAUGGCAGGAUAUAAUUAAACCAGGACCUUGAUUUAAAGAACUGUAGAACUUCCACAAGAAUGUUUAAUGUUAACCUCUCUUUAACACAUUUUAAAGUCUGAACACCAUUGCAUUGAAUUUGUUUUUUACUGUUCAUUUGCUCCUAAGUGGAGGGGGGGGAUAUCUAAAUUUUGAGGGAGGGAAGAGCACACAAGCUGUAGAAAUCAGUCUGAAGGAGGAAGGGGAAAACUGUGUAGGCGGUGUAUGAAUGUAAAGAAAGCAGAGCACCCACAGCAAACUCCUUGGGGGGUUACUGUUCACGAUCACACACUCUUCACCAUCAAUGUCUGUCAGUACAAGUGAGAGGGAAUACCUCAUGAGCUGUAGGAGAAAGAAGUCCAGCAAUGAAGCUGUUAAUGAUAAAUAAAAGCUAGUGAAGACAGCAGUACCCUGGACACACAGAUCCAGCAUAUAUUACUGGGAUAGACACAGCACAUGAGGAAUGUCUGAAACUAGGGUCAGGUUGUGAAUUUCAGGGGGUCUGAAAGAUCAUGAAGGAAUGAAGAUUGUGGACUUAAUGCAACAACUUAAGGUAUUUACCAACAUAAAGGAGUUUUCCAAGUUGUUGGCAGAUUUGCCUAAGAAGAUAUUAUAAAAUAAUAAAGUAUAUAACUACCAGUUAAAAUCCCUAAUGUUCCAGUGCUUCCAGUCUUGUCCUCUCUGCCAGUCUAUAUGCAACAGUUCAUGACACAUAAGUGGAACACUGGGUGAUUUAAAGGGGUUAUCCAAGACCUAUAAUGCACCCCCAAAUGCCUGGGCACCUCACACAGAUUGUAAGUACCUCGCUCCCCGGCACCAGCUUCACUGGCGCGGGUGAAAACAUCUGGCAUCGUGGGGACAGGGGGUAUACAGCACUGGAACUAGCCUUCCUAGCCUCACUGAGAUGCUAGGGAGGCUCGUUCCCGUUGCGACCUGCUAUUGGCUUCCCAGCCACCGCAGGCCAUGCCAGCAUCAGAAGCGAUGCAGGUGUUGGGUAAUGAGAUAUAGGGGGGAAGGGGGGACGGCAUUAUAGGUCUUGGAUACUCCCUUUAAUAGGUGAUUGGACGUUUUUAUUAUUUAAUAACCUCUUCCCCCUCCUUGUUCAGAUUUGUCAAGCACCCUGCAAAACUCUGUACACUUGCAGGUUUACUCCAAGAAACGUGGUGGCAUUGGGUAAGAUACAGAUUAGGCACAUUCAGUGCCACUUAGUCAGUGGUUUGUGAAUGGUUAGGGCAGCUGAAUCUGCUAAGCAUAUAGCCUCCAUUUGAGCAGUUUUCACCAUUAGACUUUUAUUCCACAUCAGACAAUGUGACUAUUCUCUUUUGAAAUGAAUGAGAGAUUUGGAACCACUCAAAGAAGUGAUUAUGCCGUAGGCCUAUUAGAGGGAGCCCCCCUUUAAACACUGUGAACAAGUACUAGCUGCAUACAUGAAAAAUGGACAGAACAUUUCUUGCUUCCAUGCAUUUGUUACCCACAAAAUGAGCACUACCUACAUGUGGACUGCUUUUAUGUAGUGUAGUUUUGGUUUAGAUUUUUAAUGCAAAAAUUAUAUGGAACAAUAUCUACUUUUCAUCACGCAGAGAAACACCCUUAGGGCUGUUUCACACGAGCGGAUGCCGUGCGUGACAUCCGCUGCGUGAAUGACAGCCAA